ACUGUCUCAUUUUUCAUAUUUGGAAUUGCACGCUUCCUGCAACAAUAUAAAUAACAAUAUUUGUGUAAAAAUAGAAAUAUUUCAGUUAUAGUAUUAAAAGAUCAACAAUGGAUAAUAAAACACGAUUCAAGUGGAUAAUUCGAAAUUACAAGAAAUCAGUUAUUGGAGAUAAAUCGCUUAACUCGCCGACAUUUACAAUGCAAAAUUUUCCCUAUAAGCGUUGGUUUUUAAAUGUAGAUAAACUUUACAUAAACGAUCACGUUUCCGUAACGGUUCGUUCAAUGGAGUCCUACGAGGAGCAUUUAUUCAACUUUACCAUGAGUUUGUCAAUAAUGGAUUCAUCAAAUCAGGAAGUAUCAACUCUAAUCAACAGAUAUACAGGAAAAUUUGAAGCCAAAUGGUUUAAAAUCGGUUUAUUGGACCAUCGACACCUCCUUGACAAUUUAGUCGAAAAUGAUCUUAUUUUCGUUUUCGAAAUAGACGUCAGUUUUGUUUGUUUAGAAAUCACAGCAGGCAAUGUAAAAACAGAGCAGGAAAAUAACGAUAACAGUUUUUUAAAUGACAAAACAUUCAGUGACGUAACUAUUCACAUUGGAAGAAGAAAAAUUUUCGCACACAAAAUUAUUUUGUCCGUGAAAAGUAAAGUAUUUCAUCAAAUGUUUUUAAAUGAACCAUCAUUGGAUAAAAUUAAAAUAAAUCCUACCCAAGUAAAUUAUGAAGAUCUUAUGAAAGUUCUGCGAUAUUUUUACACAGGGAAAAUUGAAAAAUCGCCAGAAUCAGCUACUUUGGAUAUUUUAAAAGUUGCACAUUUGUACGAAAUUGGCGAAUUAAGGGAUAUUUGUUCAAAAUCACUGUCAACGAAUAUUAAUUUCGAUAAUGUGAUGAAUACUUUGAUGGUCGCGGAUAAUUGUCGGGCAAAAACAUUAAAAGAAGCGUGUUUGACAAAAAUUCAAUGUAAUUUUGAAAAGUUUCGAAAUUCCAAAGAAUUGGAACAAUUGACAAAAAGUCACGCGCAUCUUCUAUUAGAAAUCAUUAAAGAAUUGCCAAUAGAAAAAAAAUCAAGUCCAUUAAAUGAAAAUUUCCAAGAAUUUAAUUACAGUAGUUCGAAAUUUUCAAGAUACUCCUAAAAGUUUCCAAUUUCCAAAAGCGAAAAAUUUCUUCUAGAAAGUUUGUAUAUUUUUAUUUCUGUGUUUGAAAAACAGUGUUUAAAAAAAAGUAUAUUUUGUUCGUUAAAUAUUUGUCGAUAUUUAUAAAAUGUAAAAAAGAGUUUAUUUAAUAUUUGACCAAGUUUGUUUUCUGCUGGAAGCUUAUCAGAAAUUCAAGGUCAAUUUUUCAUUAUCUCGGUCACGAAGGAUUAAAGGAGAUGCGAAUUAUUAUCUUAAUUUUUAAAGAAAAACACAACAUUGCAAUUAGAACCGUGUAAAAAAAUGUUUUGUUAUCACUAAGAUCGAAACUAAAUAUAUAAUCAAGUCAUUGAUUGUCUUAGAUUUUCUGUUUAUUUUUAUAUUUUCGUAAUGUAAUGUAAUUUCUAUUUUGUAUUUAUUUUUGUCUGUUUUGACUUUAAAACUAAAAUGUAUUCAUAUACAGUAAAAAUAAUAUUAAUGAAAAAAACAGUUGUUUGUCUAUUUGACUAUAAAUAAUAGUUAUUGUUUUAUCAGUAAGGGAUUAAAAUCUUUGAUCUCGGAAGAUAAUCCGAUAAGAAUGUGGUUACUGAUGCACUUCCUAUAUAAAAAGACGUUAAUUCGUUUCCUUAUGUCACUAGCAGUAUUAAACUUGAACUUUACGUUUGAAUUUUGAGAAAAUUGUUUUUGAAAAAAAUUGAAAGGCUGUUUUUAAUUUACAAUGAAAGAAGUCACGACGCUUGGCGUCUUACAAUUGGCUAUAAUUUUCUCUCUUUCGAUUCCUCAUGUUUUUUCAAAUACAGAUUGCACAAAAUGUCAGCGGUACGAGCCGCUUUUAAGUAAUUUGGCGUUUUUGGAUAUUCGAUUUGAAUUAGAUACUUAUGAACUUUUGAAUAUUAGAAGUUUAUUAAAAGAAUGUGCUUUCUGUCAAAGUAUUAUAAACAUUGAAAAUCUCAGCUUUAACAGUUUGAAGAAUGUAACCGGAAAUAUUUGCCCUGGAAUGCUUCGACAAUGCGACGAACACGCCAAAUGCAUUUCAAUCGGUUUUAAGCAGUAUUUAUGCAGGUGCAUGAUUGGAUGGGCGGGAAACGGAUUUAAAUGUGGAUUAGACUCUGAUCUCGAUGGCUAUCCAGAUAAGGCUCUCAAUUGUUGCUCGCGAGAAUGUCACGUCGACAAUUGUCCAAAUAUCGCGAAUAGCGGACAAGAAGACGCCGAUGGCGAUGGAAUAGGCGACGUUUGCGAUCCGGACGCCGAUAAUGAUGGCAUUGAAAAUCCCCAUGACAAUUGCUGGCUAAAUGUAAAUCCAGAACAGCAAGACGAAGACGGUGAUAAAAUUGGAGACGUUUGCGAUAAUUGUCCAACAAUUCCGAAUCCCGAUCAGGAGGACACUGACGGCGAUGGUGUUGGCGAUGUCUGCGACCCCGACAUGGAUGGCGACGAAAUAAUGAAUCCUGACGAUAAUUGUCCGAAAGUGAGUAAUAAGGAUCAGAAAGAUACGGAUGGCGAUGGAGUCGGUGACGCUUGUGAUAAUUGUCCAUUUGUAAAGAAUCCAGGCCAGGAAGAUGAGGAUGACAAUGGAGUUGGCGACGCUUGCGAAACUGGAAAAGACACCGACAAGGAUGGUAUUCAGGACGACUUUGACAAUUGUCCAAAAGUUCCGAAUGCAAAUCAAAAAGACACUGAUAAGGAUGGUUUAGGCGAUGCCUGUGACGAUGAUAUCGACGGCGAUGGAGUUCCCAAUAAUGUUGAUAACUGCAUUUUCGUCUACAAUCCUGAUCAAAAAGCAACACACGUGAACACGGAUAUUGGUGAUGCUUGCUGGAAUGACAAUGACAAUGACACCAUCAUCAACAGUGUCGACAAUUGUCCAAAUAAUAGUGACAUACAUGCCACAGACUUCCGGAAAAUUAAGACUAUCGAUCUGGAUCCAACGACUGGUUCCGGUCAGGCGAAUCCCAAAUGGAUUAUCAAUAAUCAUGGCCAAGAAAUUAUUCAAACACUCAACAGCAAUCCCGGCAUUGGCAUUGGAAAAGAAAAAUUCGACGGCAUCGACUACGAUGGAACAUUUUACGUGAAUACAAAGCAGGACGACGAUUUUAUUGGUUUUAUAUUCUCGUAUCAGAGUAAUCGCAAAUUUUAUGUGGUAAUGUGGAAAAAGGGAAAACAACAGUACUGGAUGAAUAAACCAUUUAAGGCGUACGCCGAUCCGGGAAUUCAGAUAAAAUUAGUCGAUUCAAAAACAGGACCUGGACCAAUGUUACGAAAUAGUUUAUGGAACACAAAAGGACAUAAGAAUGAAGUAAAAUUACUUUGGCAUGAUCCAAAGAAAAUUCCAUGGAAAGAAUUUACAUCGUAUCGAUGGGAACUCAAUCAUCGACCAACCAUUGGUUUAAUAAGACUGAAACUUUAUAAUGGAAAACAAUUAAUUGCCGACUCGAAGAAUAUUUAUGACAGUACAUUGAAGGGAGGAAAACUCGGUGUCUAUUGCUUUUCGCAGGAAAAUAUUAUUUGGUCGAAUAUUAAUUACAAAUGUCGAGAAACUGUGAAUAAGGAAAUUUAUAAAGAUCUGGAUCCUAAAUUGCAGAAAUUGGUUCAAAUGGAAGAGGAUCAUUAUUAAAUUAAUAAUUAAAUAUAAUUUAAUACUUCAUUAAUCAUUAAUCGUUAAAAAUCAUAUUUAGCAAUAAGAAAAGUAAAAAUGU